AUGGCUAGAUCUCAGAUUGAACAGGAUGGGAACGAUCUUGGCAUAAACUCGGCUCAAUCCGAUUUAAAUGCAUGGACAGUCACGAUUGCAAACACAUCCCAAGCACUGGUGCUUGUUAACCCAGAAUGCUAUACAGCUUGGAACGCAAGAAAAAAUCUCAUUUCACUUGGACAAAUUGAUGCAAUGGAUGAAUUUCAUUUUACAUCUCUUUUGCUAUCAAAACAUCCAAAAUCUUCGACUAUAUGGGUGCAUAGAUCGCAAUUGAAAGAAUCUUGUAUUGCUGAUCUACGCAUGUUGGAUAUCUCUAUUUGUGAAAAAUCUGCCGACUCUUAUAAAAGAAAUUAUCCAGCGUGGACAUACCGAAUGAAGACUUUUAACUUGUCUAGCAAAGACAACGCAACACAUGUGUCUGACCACUCUGGAUGGAACUAUAGACAAUGGCUUAUUCUCGGCUUGACUGGACUUGAUACAAAUCGUGACUGUAUAUCCAAGGUGCUUGCACGAGAAAUGGAUCUGCUUCACCAGUUGAUUUUUUUGUGUAGUGGCCACGAGUCGCUGUGGUAUCAUUUGCGUUUUGCAUCAAAACUGGCUAAUUUGACUGUGCUUGACUGGGCAGAUUCAUCACCACGCAAUAUAACAAUUGAAAAGGAUUCAAAAGUAGACGGGGAAGCCAUAUCGGUUGUAUAUGGUACAGAUCUAGCCCCAAGCUAUUUACAUGAAUAUCAGUUUGCUCAAAUGGUUGCUGAUAGCAGUCUUACAGAUCGCGAAUAUGCCUUAAUCUACUCUUUUAUACUCACUCGUGAUACCAGUGACACGAAAAAGUACGAGUUUGUAAAAUCCAUUUUACAAACAGAAUAUCCCGAUCGUCUUAUGUUUUCAUCAAUGUGAUUCGAAAUUUGCCACUUAUUUAAAACAAUUACAUACGAGCAACAUUACAAUUAGUCCUUGUGUGAUAAUAUAUCUGUUA